ACAAAGAUUCAUUGAAGGCAACGGACACAUAAAACUGCAGUGCCUGAUCUGACGCGGGUCGGUACUACGUUUCUGGAGGGGUCUGGAUUGGGUUUUUUCUUUCUGGAAGGUGGUUGAAUGUAUGGUUCGGCUCUGUAACUGGGAACACACACACAAAAAGAGAGAGAAGUCCACUCCUUUCCUCCUUUCUUUUUCUUCUCCCACAAAAGGCCCUGCAUGUCUAACAUUUAGACAUGUUUAGCUUUGUGGAUUCGAGGACUGUACUGCUACUUGUAGCAACCCAAGUCAUUCUAUUAGCCGUUGUCAAAUGUCAGGACGAAGACCAGGACCCAGGCAGCUGUAUGCAGGACGGACAGAGCUAUAGUGACAAGGACGUAUGGAAACCAGAGCCGUGUCGUAUUUGUGUGUGCGACACGGGAACUGUCCUGUGUGACGAAAUAAUCUGCGAGGAGAUUAAAGACUGCCCCAAACCCGAGAUCCCAUUCGGAGAGUGUUGCCCCAUCUGCGUGCGGGACGGGGAAGCUCCCCCAAGUGGGUCCCCCGGAGCUAAGGGUCAGAAAGGGGAACCAGGAGAUAUCACAGAUGUCGUAGGACCAAGAGGACCUGGAGGUCCUUUGGGCCCCCCAGGAGAACAGGGACCACGUGGAGACAGAGGAGACAAAGGCGAUAAGGGCAGCCCCGGGCCCCGUGGCAGAGAUGGUGAGCCUGGUACCCCCGGUAACCCCGGCCCCCCCGGACCUCCAGGACCUAACGGACCCCCCGGCCUUGGAGGAAACUUUGCUGCUCAGAUGGCUGGAGGAUUCGACGAGAAGUCUGGCGGAGCACAGAUGGGCGUGAUGCAAGGACCAAUGGGGCCUAUGGGUCCUCGAGGACCACCUGGCCCUUCUGGAGCUCCUGGCCCACAAGGUUUCCAAGGCAACCACGGAGAGGCUGGAGAGCCCGGAUCAGCUGGCCCGUUGGGUCCCCGUGGUCCACCCGGACCCUCUGGUAAACCUGGAGAUGAUGGUGAGGCUGGCAAACCCGGUAAAGGUGGUGAACGUGGAUCUUCUGGUCCUCAGGGACCGUCCGGUCCCCAAGGAGCACUUGGCCCUGCAGGAGAGGAAGGGAAGAGGGGACCCAGAGGAGAGCCCGGUGCUGCUGGACCUCUUGGACCUCCCGGAGAGAGAGGCGCCCCCGGUAACCGUGGUUUCCCAGGUCAGGAUGGUCUGGCUGGUCCCAAGGGAGCCCCUGGCGAGCGUGGAGUCGGCGGCGUGUCUGGCCCUAAGGGAGCCGGCGGUGACCCUGGACGCCCUGGCGAGCCCGGUCUUCCUGGCGCAAGAGGUCUUACUGGUCGUCCUGGCGAUACUGGUCCUCAAGGCAAAGUUGGACCUGGUGGUGCUGCUGGUGAAGAUGGUCGCCCCGGACCCCCUGGCCCUAUGGGAGCCCGCGGUCAGCCUGGUGUGAUGGGAUUCCCCGGACCCAAAGGAGCCAACGGGGAGCCUGGGAAGGGAGGAGAAAAGGGACUACUUGGUGCCCCAGGUCUGAGGGGUCUUCCUGGAAAGGAUGGUGAGACCGGAGCUGCUGGCCCACCUGGACCUGCUGGCCCUGCUGGAGAAAGAGGAGAGCAAGGACAGCCUGGACCUUCUGGCUUCCAGGGUCUGCCCGGACCUCCCGGCCCACCUGGUGAGGGAGGCAAGCCCGGUGACAUGGGUGUUCCAGGAGAGGGUGGAGCUGCUGGUGUCACUGGACCCAGAGGUGAGCGUGGUUUCCCAGGAGAGAGAGGAGGUGCUGGGCCUCAGGGGCUACAGGGACCUCGUGGUCUGCCUGGAACUCCUGGAACUGACGGACCUAAGGGAGCGAUCGGACCAGGUGGUGCAUCGGGUGCCCAGGGACCCCCCGGUCUGCAGGGUAUGCCCGGAGAGAGAGGAGCCUCAGGCAUCCCCGGACCUAAGGGAGACAGAGGUGACAACGGAGAGAAGGGACCGGAGGGUGCUUCUGGCAAAGACGGCUCAAGAGGUUUGACUGGUCCCAUUGGUCCUCCCGGCCCAGCUGGUCCCAACGGAGAGAAGGGUGAAUCUGGUCCAUCUGGACCUUCCGGUGCUGCCGGUGCCCGUGGUGCUCCUGGAGACAGGGGUGAGACCGGACCUCCUGGGCCUGCUGGCUUCGCUGGGCCUCCUGGAUCUGAUGGUCAGCCCGGAGCCAAGGGAGAGCAGGGAGAGGGCGGCCAGAAGGGAGACGCUGGUGCUCCUGGACCCCAGGGACCCUCUGGAGCUCCUGGACCUUCCGGACCUACUGGCGUUUUUGGACCUAAAGGUGCUCGCGGUGCUCAGGGACCCCCUGGUGCCACUGGUUUCCCUGGCGCUGCCGGCAGAGUCGGACCCCCUGGUCCCAACGGUAACCCUGGUGCUGCUGGUCCCUCUGGCCCUGCUGGUAAAGAUGGUCCUAAGGGUGUGCGUGGAGACGGUGGACCCCCAGGCAGGCAGGGAGACGCUGGGCUGCGUGGAACCGCUGGAGCCCCUGGAGAGAAGGGAGAUGCUGGAGAGGAUGGUCCCUCUGGUCCCGAUGGUCCUUCAGGUCCUUCAGGUCUGGCUGGACAGCGUGGUAUUGUUGGUCUUCCAGGACAGCGUGGAGAGAGAGGUUUCCCUGGCUUACCCGGACCCUCUGGAGAGCCUGGUAAACAAGGAUCUCCUGGUGGAAGCGGAGACCGUGGACCCCCCGGCCCAGUUGGACCCCCUGGACUGACUGGACCCGCUGGAGAGCCCGGUAGAGAGGGCAACGCUGGUUCUGAUGGACCACCUGGUAGAGAUGGAUCCACUGGAAUCAAGGGUGACCGUGGUAACACCGGUCCUGCUGGUGCUCCUGGCUCCCCAGGUGCUAAUGGUUCCCCCGGCCCUGUCGGUCCCACCGGCAAGCAAGGAGACAGGGGAGAGGCUGGAGCUCAAGGACCCGCUGGGCCUGCCGGGCCUGCUGGAGCCAGAGGGAUGGCUGGACCCCAAGGACCCCGUGGAGACAAGGGUGAGGCUGGAGAGGGUGGCGAAAGAGGACAGAAGGGACACAGAGGAUUCACUGGUCUGCAGGGUCUGCCCGGACCUCCCGGUCAAUCUGGAGAUCAGGGUGCCUCUGGACCUGCCGGACCAAGUGGAUCAAGAGGACCUCCCGGACCUGUUGGUCCCUCUGGAAAGGAUGGUUCCAACGGUAUGCCCGGCCCCAUCGGACCCCCCGGACCUCGUGGUCGCUCUGGAGAGACAGGCCCCUCUGGUCCACCUGGAAACUCUGGACCCCCUGGUCCCCCUGGUCCUCCCGGCCCUGGUAUCGACAUGUCUGCCUUCGCUGGUCUGUCUCAGCCUGAGAAGUCCCCCGAUCCCCUGAGGUACAUGAGGGCCGACCAGGCCUCCGGAAACCUGAGGACGCACGACGCCGAGGUGGACGCCACGCUCAAGUCCCUCAACAACCAGAUCGAGAACAUCCGCUCCCCCGAGGGCUCCAAGAAGAACCCUGCACGGACCUGCAGAGACCUGAAGCUAUGCCACCCCGAUUGGAAGAGCGGAGAGUACUGGAUCGACCCUAACCAGGGCUGCACCAUAGACGCCAUCAAGGUCUACUGUAACAUGGAGACUGGAGAGUCCUGCGUCUACCCCAAGCCCGCCAGCAUCCCCAAGAAGAACUGGUGGUCCAGCAAGAGCAAGGCUGCCAAACACGUCUGGUUCGGAGAGACCAUGAACGGGGGAUUCCACUUCAGCUAUGGUGAUGCCAGUCUGGCAGCCAACACUGCCAGCAUCCAGAUGACCUUCCUGCGGCUGCUGUCCACCGAGGCUAGUCAGAACCUCACCUACCACUGCAAGAACAGCGUGGCCUACAUGGACGGGGCCACGGGCAACCUGAAGAAGGCCGUGCUGCUCCAGGGCUCCAACGACGUGGAGAUUAGAGCCGAGGGCAACAGCCGUUUUACGUACACCGUUAUGGAGGACGGCUGCACGAAACAUAAAGGAACGUGGGGAAAGACAGUGAUUGAGUACAGAUCCCAGAAGACCAGCCGGCUGCCCAUCGUGGACAUUGCUCCUGUAGAUAUUGGAGGAGCGGACCAGGAGUUUGGGGUUGACGUCGGCGCAGUUUGCUUCUUGUAAAGAAAGAGGGAUGAAAAGAAGGAGAAGUAGAGGGGAAAAACACAUCAAAUAUGAGAGAGAGAGGAACACACACUUCUAUCAAAAAAAAGGAAGAAUGAAAGAAAGAAUAGAGAAAGAUCACGACACUUUUAUAUAAUUUUUUUGUUUUAAGUAAAAAAGUGCUUUUUCCAACUAAGUCCUGCACUGAAUGGCACCGGCAAUAUUCAUCUGGGAUUUCAUGGCCUUCCAGUCUCACUCCAUCAGACCCCCCCUCCCAUGGUGCCUUAGCCCUCCAUCCAUCCACCCCACCCCCCACCCUGGGAGCACCUCCCCACUAACAAGAAGGAUCGAGGAGAAGAGGAGAAAGAGGCAGCGUGCCAGACAAUGAGUUGGUGUUAUUUAUUUAUUGUUCAGGUGUGGGUCCCAGGUGUGUUAGGACUGAGUGUGUUAACCUGUAAAAAGGCCCCCCGCGCACAACAACAUACAUAUUCUAUCAGUUCCCCCUUUUCUUGUUCCUCUUCCAUACCUCCACACCCUAAACAUUAUAUCAAAUCCAAACCAAAAAAAUCUAGCAGUUUUCCUACUUCCAACCGUCGCCCCAGUGUGUAUCAGGAAGUUACUGUGUAUUAUAAUAAAGUCAAAUGGUGCUAUUGUUGUAAAACAAGUCUGUAUUCUUUAACAACCAGAUACUAAUGUAUUAGUAACAUGUUUAUAACGUGUGUACGUAUAUGUAUAUGUGUGUAUACAUAUAUAUACAUUUUUCAGAGAGUACAUUUCACGCUGAGAUCAUUUUUCAGAGUGGUAAAUGUUAGCUCCUCCCCCCCGACCCAGCCCUGACCCUCCUCCAUGGCAACCCAAUGACACAUAAACCAUGUCCAUAAUACAUUUUGUAAGAGACAUGUUCAAUUCGGAAUCAAUCCCAGCUACCUCACACACAAAAAAUAAAGAAACAACAAAGCAAAGUUAAACCCUGUAUCCAAGUUUACAAAUCCAGCUUGGGCGAUCUUCUCUUUGGUGCAUUAGACCCCAUGUUGUGAGAAGCCCACCAGAAGUUGACUUUGACCGUUGACCUAUCCCACUCCACUUUCUCCACAUAAACCCCCCCGCUGUCCCCUCACACAGGAAGUACCUUCUGCCCUGGCAGGAAGUACCUCGGCCCUGGCCAUGCCCCUCUAGGAGCAGGACACGCCCUCUAGGAACAGGACACGCCCCCUAGGAGCAGGGCACGCCCUCUAGGAACAGGACACGCCCCCUAGGAUCAGGAACGGGAUAGGGCUUUUAGACUUGAUAUCGAUACUGGACACUCCAACCCUCAUUUACACACAGAGGGUGUAACGCAUCAUGACCAGGGCAGAGGGUGCAUUCGUUUGUGAGGGUGUGUAUAUCUAUUUUUUCUAUUAAUUAUAAUAGUAAUAUUGUUAAUAAUAACAUCAUUACUAUUAUCAUUAUUAUUAUUAAAUAUGAUGAUCAUGAUUUUGUUUUUGUUACGGUUUUGAUUCAUGUAAAUUGGAAAUAAAAGAAAAAAAACAAGUAACAGGCUGAAGUCGCUUUUUAUUUUAUUUAUUUUUUGUUGUUUUGUUGGUUUUUGGUUGUUAUUCACCCCUCAAAAUGCUCCAGAGAAGAGUGUGUAGCGUAAAACAUAUCUGGGGAGAUUAUUUGUUUCUGUAACCUGAAAGUAUGAUUGAACUGUUUUGUUGUUGCCGGUAUUAUAUUCCCAGAGAUAGAAGCCAUACCAAAUCUAGAUUCUGUGUCCUGUAUGGGCCUUUCCGUUGGUCUGUGUGUUUGAGCUAAAUGCAUAUUCGAGGGGUGGGAUGUAGUCAGAAGAGAGAGACCAUGGAGCACAAGUGGGCGGCACCCUAUUUUAUAUGUUGUUUUCUUCAUUGGAGAGAGUAUGCAACAUUUUGUGAGGAGGUGCGAAGUUCAUAUCAUGUACUAUUUUGUAAAAUGUAAAACCUUUUUUCAAUAUUUUCAGAUUGUUUUUUAAGCAUGCUAGUUAAUAAGAGAAGGAAUGGGAAACAUUUCCAACCGCAAUCAUCAGUAACUGUAUGAAUUGGUUGUCAUCCUGUCUUUGUUUUUUUCCUUUUCUUUCCUGACUUUUCACCUUUCACCUUUCACCGUAGCAAUAAAAGGUAGAAGCAUUUCUCUAAACAACACAGAGCCACGUUUGUUUUAUUUUUUAUAUAUUUUAUUUUUUUCCUGAAAUUUGGUUUUAAAGUUCAUUUAUUACUUGAUGUAUUGGUUCCCGAAUCUACGAUGUCAUCUUUGUUAGAAUAAUUAUUGACAUUUAAAACAACAGGAGAAAAAACUAAUCAGCAGGACAAAAAUACAUCACAAAUAAAAAAGGUUGUAAAAAUGA